CCGGCCCUGCUUUCACUCUUCCAUUUCCUGCUUCCUCAUCUGAACAAACUUCACGCUCUGCAUACGUUACUUUAUCUGAUUCCAUAUGAACGACGCAUUUCUAGGCAUCGCUGAGCCGACAGCAGUCAGAGCUUCAUUGAAAUAAGUGGGGCAGCCGACAGACAGAAGAAAAAAAUAUUAACCUCGGCCUUUUCAAAGACAAGCCUCGAUUCACGCAUCUUCUACAACUUCUAAAGACCUGAACUCUCGACUCUGCUCACCAAGGUUUCUUCAGGUGUUUUUUGGGGGGCGGCAGCAGAAACGUAAAUAUGUGGAGCACAUUGAGAUUCAACACUUCGGCUGACAUCAGUAAAAAUCUCAGAACAAGUCUGGAGACUUUUGUGAGGCUCUAUGGCCAACGCAAAGAUGAUCUUCAGCAAGCUUCUGAGCAUUUCAUGCAUGCAGCAGCUCUAGUUGAUAAAAAGCAUGAGGAUGACAAGAUGGCCCAGGCUCUGUUAGGUGUGUUUGGAGGGGCUAUUGGUAUAGUCUUUGGGGGUGUUACUGGUGGUGUAUGGGCUGCUUUGGGAGCAGUUAGUGCAGCAACUUAUGCCAAGUUUUGUGGCAACGUUAGUGCAGCAAGUGCAACUGUGGGCUUUGUAGGCGGUGUCUUUGGGGGAGUGGUGGGAGGAGCAUUUUCGGGGUUUAUUGGUGGAUCAGUUGGUGUUGCAGCUCUAGCAGCGGGUAUAGAAGCUCAUGGGAUCGUGAGUGAUUCAUUAUGGUUUACUGUUGGCUUCGCCACUGGUGGUGCAACUGGUAGCACAUUUGGCGGGUCAGUUGGUGCAGCAGGUGGUGCUGUUGGUGGUGGUUUUGGUGCUUUGCAUGCUACAAAAGCUGCAGUUUAUCUGGUCAGAAAAGCCAUCGAUUUUCCUUCUAAAACAAAAGUUCGAAAAGGAAAUGGAAAGCUAAAGAAAGAAGUAGUCACCAUGCAGAAAACUGGAGCAGAUUUCAUUAAAAGCAUCGAACCGCUGGUGGACGAGCUAAAAACGGUGCAAGAGAUUUGUGACCAAAUGGCCUCCUGUGAUGCUGUGAAAGGCGUCGCUAAUCAGACUGCAAAGACUCUGGCUGCAGUGAACGCAAUGGAGAAAACGAUGAACCACAGUCAGAUGGAGGCGGACGAGUCAGAGUUUCUCCGCUGUGUUAAAGAAGCAUCGAGCCAAUGCAAGAUAAUCCCUGUGGAGCUGCAGAUGAUGAGAGUGGAAGUGGAGAAACUUCUGGUUUCACUGUAGAAACACUAUUGCUGUCGGUGAAACAGGAGCUGUUCUGUUGUCCUGAUGGUUUCAUCUGUUUUACGUAGCUGUUCAUUUGUUAUUUGUUUAGUUUCUGUUGUUAACUGCUCAUUUUGUAGUUCUUAUACGCUCUUCAUACAGAAUCAGCUGUGUUAAUAUAUGUUGGUUGUCUCAUCUUUAUACAAAAUACUGUUAUACUAAAUUCUAAAUUCAGAAUCUGCACGUUACACUGGCAAAAACAUAAAAAAAAACCUCUAACAAAAAGCUUAAAGUGGAAUGACAGAAUGACAACGUUAAAAGAAAUUAAAAAUAAUUACAAAAAUAAAUUAUCUGGAUCUAAAGCAGUUAUACAGUAAAGUGAAUAUUUAACAUACAAUUAAAUAAAAAAGAUUUAUAUAUAUAUAUAAUAAAAUAGAUGAAGUAAAAUGAAGGUUUUGGGGACCAAAGCUGUUCUAAAGCCUCUAAGCUUGGAGUCUCAAACCCGCGGCCCACAUCACCCUACUUGUGUUGUUGAGUGUAAUGUUAAAAUAACUUAUUUAAAAAGCAAAAAAAAUAAAUAAAUAAUAAUAAUAACAAUAAUAUGAAGGCAACAGGAGCAGAGAGUACAAACCUGUGGAGGGAUUGGCUGUGUUAGUUCAGCGAGAGUCAAAAACGAAUGUGUACACUUACGUCUGCUUUUUUAUUCUGUUACGAACGAAAUGUUAGCAGCAGUGCUGCCACGUGUCUGGCCACAUGGAGAGCACCAAUGUGUUUAUUUGGUAGUUCAAUGAAAGGUUUCAGUUAAAGUAAGAAAAUACAUUUGCGGUUUUAUUUUGUUAUAAACAAAGAUGUUAAGAUUUCGCAGCGCCCCGCAGCCAAAUCUUAAUCUCCUGACAGUCGUGUUGAAAGAGAAGUUUUUUGUUUUUACAUUAUAGCAGCAGUCAAACAGGAUCUAUAAUACAUGGGUAAACCUGUUUGUUUUUAGAACAUGUAAGGAUUUGUUAAGUUUGUUGAAGUGUAUGAAGCUGUGUUUCAACUGGAUUAAAAAUGUCACUGGGGAGCUGCAUUGAUUUUAUUUUUCUGUCUAGGAUUUGACUGUAAUGGUUGUAAAUUUCCUCAAUCCUGUUUCCACUUCAGCUUUAUAAACUGAGCCACUGUGACCAUAGUGCCACUGAAACAUUUUUAUAGCCACAUUAACCAAUUCUUUCCCUAUAAACUUUAACCACUUUAGAAUCACCACCCUCCAUGAUCUCAAUUCUUUAACUUCUUCAUUUCUAUUCAGUGCAUGGGGAUCUGCCAGGCCCAGGAGCCAUCGCCAGUCCCCUUCGAGGCCUUCACCGAACCGCAGCUCAAUUAAUGUCAAAGCAUUCACCUUUACUUACUAAAAUGCUGUCAAACCUAAAAUGAGGAUGUGGGCCCAGCUAGUAAAUACCUAUUUGUCACACUAAGGGUUUUCUGAAUAAUAGGCUUCUGACCAGAGCAUGUAACCAGUAAAGGUUUGUAAGUAGAGGUCUCCAGGCUAGGCCCCUGCCUAAAGCCUACCUAUGAGUGAGAGAUAUAGAACUGAAGCUAUGCGGGGAUGGGCAUCCAGGUACGCACCGGCUCACUCCUGGUGGGUGCUUGUCGGGACCUGGAACCUGGGGCUCGCUUGGGCCCCUUCGGGGGUGGGGUGCCCUCGACCUCUCGGCCUGGGGGUCGGUCACUCUGGCACAGAUGGCUGCUGGCGGUGCUCACGGGCACUAGGUAGAAGUGAAGAUGUAAAUGCAGCAUCACAGAAAAUCCUUAUGAUCACUGAAACCGACCAGCUCAUCAAUUUCACAACAACAGUUAUCUUUGGCUACAAAACGAACAGACGCAAGGAGCAGUACCAAGUUGAAGCAGCAACUGUGAAAUGUGCACAACCUCAGAUUUCUUAGAUUCAUCAACACAGGCUGGGAACCACAUCUCACAUGGACACAAAAUAACCAUCACAGCACUUCUGAAAGAAUUAGUUCAUUGUACAGUUGCCAUGGUUCUGGAUCAGUUGACCCAGCAUUUUGAGUUUAUUGUGUUUUUGUGAUUUAUUUGUGUUGUAAUGUUUCAGUUUUCUAUUGUCGUUUUUAUCCCUACAAAACUAACUUUAUUUCUCAUGGCACUGAUCCAAAAAUUCCCCAGAAACAUUCUUGAGUUAUUCAGCUUCAAGCUAUAAACAAAUAUUGGAAAUUUGCAGGUUGCUCAUCCAGCACAUUCCAAAAAUGCCGUAGUAGAUUGAGAUCUGACGAUUGUAAAUGCCUUUAAGCACAAUGAACUCAUAGUCAUGAAACCAGUUUUAGAUGAAGUGAGCUUUGUGAUAACUCAUGUUAUCCUGCUGGAAGUAGUCACCAGUAUAUGUGUACACUGAGUUAUUAGGUAGGGGUGGACUAAGUGCUUGUACAGUAGUUGAAGAAGAGUGUCAGUAUUUUUUAAAAUAAAAGGAAGGUUGGAGACUGGCCUAUAAUUACUUAACACAGCUGGGUGAGGGGAUGGCUUUUUAAGUAAUGGUUUAAUUACUGCCACCUUGCCAUUAAUAGCAAAAGUUUGGUUGUAUUUUAGAUCAAAGCAAUAACUAAUGGAAGGAUUUCCUUAAGCACUCUGUGGUCUAAUAAACAGAUGGUUUAGAGGAAGGACCUGUUGAAGUUAACUUAAGGAGUUGCUGUACAUAAUAAUAUAUAACAUACAGCAACAUCUGAGACAGAUGUGAAUAACCUUUUUCUCUAACCAUUUUAUUUUAAUCAUUGGUUGUGCUGAAAAGAAACCUGAUGAAUAUUAAGAUAACCCAGCUUUACAGAGUCCUAUAAUGUAGAGCAACAGGCACUUUGAAGCUCUUUAAAGGCUUAAUGAAGCCCUUCAAAAUUAGUAAGAUGCUAUUUCCUCACCAACCUAUGAAUCAUGUGUUUUAAGGUGUGUUUUUGUGAGUUAUACCAGGCACAGCACAGCAGCCACAGUAUCCAGGGUCAAACCAAUUGAAGAGAUGACACUUGUCAACCCAAUCACAACAAAGUGUGUAACUUGAUGGGAUGUUACACUUUGCCUCUCCAUUGGGUGAAAUGGACACACAUUGAUAUAUUUUUAUAUUAUAUAUAUUUAAAGUUAAGAACUCGUUAGUGAUCAAGGAAGGUAUGAAGUCUCUAAUUCAGGCUCCUUCUACCCCAGUGUUAGUAAUGACUAAACAUUUUUAAACAUGAUGAUUUUCACGUUUGCUUGAAAUAAAAUAUCUCCCUCUGCUGGUACAGCAGCUUAGGACAACUUGCAACUCCAGCAUGCGUGUCCAUUUAUUGUCAACCUCUGAGGGAGUAGAGUCGAGGUAGUUGUGCUGUACUGUACAAGCUCAUGGCGUUGAAGAUGAAGAAAUAUAUCCUUAAACUUGGAGCACUUUUAGAAAGACAUCUACUGUAAUGAAAUGUAUUGAAUGUAUGAAAUGUAAGCAUACAAAAGUUUGAGUUUUAGGAUAGACACAAAUAAAACAGACAAAAACCCCAGAACAGUAUAAAAUGUUUUAUUUGUUGAAAUGCAGAAGCAAAGUAGAAGCUUGCUGUUUUUGUACUUACACAGUAAUAAAAAUAAAUUAAAUAUAUUAUAAAUCUUUCCCAUAAUUUUUGAGACCUACUGCAGACACGGAAAGAGUGAUGGGACGCUGCGAUUAAAAUUCUGUUUAAACUGAAACUAAUAAAAAAAUAUCAAAAUGAUCCACGAGUCUAUCAGCUUUUUGCCUUUGAAGAUGAAUUUUCUGGUGAGGCUCUGAUGUCUUAGCGGCAGUAAUGAAGCGCUCGUGUUACCUCUCAGCUAAGUGGCUCGUUCUUCCAUGUAAUUGUCUUGAUUACCUCGGAUGGCAUCCAGUGUCAUUAGCGCUGAGUACAGCUAAUAAUUCGCCCUCUUUAACAUUUAAUCACUCAAAUCACAGAACAUUUCUACAGUCAGUUUGAAGUUUAUCCAGAGAGGCGCCCUAAUGCAGCAGAAAUGUGCGUGUGUGUGUGUGUGUGUGUG